AACGAUAAAAAAUAGGUAUUUUGAUCAAAAUAAAAAACAAACACUGUAAGAUAAAGAUCUAUUGCACUAUUAUAAAAAUAAACUUCUAGAACAACUUAUAUGUUAUUUAAUUUCUUUUUCAAUGUCUAGAACUCUGAAAUACUGUAAUAUUGAUUUAUAUAUAUUUACAGAGACUGAGAGGCAACCCCUUUUAGUUGAUUUUUAAAAAGUUGAGUAGUCUUCGGAUAUCCACUAGUGGCCGGAUAAUUUAAAAAAAAUAUUAAUAAAACUGAAAUUAAGUAUUUAUUAAAAGUAUUAUAUGUGUGAUAAUAAAAAAUAUGUUUGUCUUUAUAUUUAUGAAUAAAUGAACUGAUUUCUAUUGUUUUUAUUCAAGUAUAGCUGACAGUGAUAAGGCACCCAUGUAACUUUGGACUUUACAAGUGGUAUGACGUCAAGCAUAACAGAGAAAAUGCACAGUAAAAGGUAAGUGUUAUCUAAAUUUUGCGCUUACAUAUUUUAAUAAAGCAUUCUUAAAGGAUUGAAAAAAAAUACCAAAGAGAAAAGAUCAAGUUUAUAAUUUAACAUUACAUAUGAUAUACUUAAUGCAAUGCAUAAGUUUCAGGCUUCUAAACUAUACUCUCUUUUUACAUGUAGGUAGCUGUCUUUUGUGUCCUGUCCUGAAGAGAAUGCACCCUGGAAAAUAACCUUGCAUUGUCAACACGAACAUGGUGUGGAUGGUUUAUUGACUGCAUGCAACAGUGUACAAUGGACAGAGAAGCUAAAGGUGACCUGAACUUCAGAGGUCAGAAAUGCAUUUUCUGCUCAGCUUCCUUCACUACAACUUCACCAUGUGUUCUUAAUCCAAACCUGAACAGACUAGACAUACUUUUUCAAUCAUGUAUAAGAAGAAAUGAUUACAUAGGAAAUCAAAUACUAUAUAAUGAAAAGGAAAUAAGAGAAGGCUCAGUGCCAUUAAGGUACCACAGAAAUUGCAGAGCAUCGUACCAAAGUUCAUGCCACCAAAAGUUCCUGUCCAAAAGCAAUGCAGACUCUAAAAUGGACACACAAACUGAAAGGUCAGCUAGAUCUAGUACUAGAUCUACUUCAAUUGAGUUUGACUGGAAAUCGCAUUGUUUUAUUUGUGGAGAGAAAUGUUCAUCUAUCCGUGAUUUAAACAGUGAAAGGCAAGAUAGAAAUUGGUCCAUGGUGGAAUCAGCUAUAGGCACUGAUGACAACAGUAUUUACACUAAGGUUCUAAAAGAAGCUGAAGCAAUUGGCGAUUCUGUCUUAAUAAAAAGAUUGACGAGUGUACCAAAUGGAGAUCUUGUUGCUCUAGAAGCUCGCUAUCACAGAAAAAAAGGAUGUCUUACAAAAUUUUAUGGAAAUAAGACGAAUAAGACCGUUAAUGAGGAGACGCCUGAUAAAUUUAAAUACAUGGCAGCAGCAUUAAAAUUAAAAGAGGAAUUUGAAUACUCGUUAAUGACACAAAUGAAGGUUCAUAAACUUUCUGAACUCAGGAAUCGAUUCAACACAAUUGCCAAAGAAGAAUUUAAAGAGGAUGUAAGUGCAUACAAAACUAAUUACUUCAAAAGACUGUUGAAAGAGGCAUGGCCAGAAUUGAUCUGUGUUCAUCAGAAUGGAAAAUCUGAUCUAGUUUGCUCUAGUCAAAUUUCUUUUGAUACAGCCUGGGCAUACUAA